CUCAGACUAAGGCCCAGUGUGCGUGUCUGAAACACUACACCACACAAACCACAAUGCAUUCAUACAGUUCAACUUUCACAUCAACAUCCUCAUUCGUACCUGCUGUCUGUCUAUCUGCUAGUUCGCCGUAGCUGUCACAACAGUAGGAAAUCAUUUGCUGCCUUUUUGACAAUGCAGGAGAGCUCUGCUUCCAAAGGUGAAAAGACUUCAGGGACAAGACGUGGACGAUUGUUGUGUCUUUGGAUACUGUCACUCGUGAUGGUAACGUUAAUUAUGUUCUACAAUUCAAGCGCCAAUGUAUCAUGGCCUUUGAAGUUUUGGACUACACACUCACAUUCAAGCCAAUCUUACAACGUUAUGACCACGAGUACUUUGAGUACUACAGUCCACAGUGUCUCCCCAGAUCCCACUUCGGCGUACUUUGUCGCGUACCCGCACCGGUAUGGUUUCGUUUUGGAUGAAGUCCAUAGGUGUCAGCGGGAAAGCCCAUUCUUGGUUCUUAUGAUCCCAGUCGCACCCUACAACAGAGAGGCCCGUGACGUGAUCCGCAACACUUGGGGAAAAGAAACUACUGUGCUUGGCAGAGUGGUCAGCCAUUUCUUCCUGCUGGGACUGUCCAAAGAAGAAGAUGGGACAGAAACCAUUAAAGAGCAAGUGCAACAAGAAAGCCAGAAACAUCAUGACAUUCUCCAGAGUGACUUCUUGGACAGCUACAAUAACCUCACCAUUAAAACCAUGGUGAUGUUCGAAUGGCUCAGCUCCCAUUGCCCCAACACCCCCUACGCCAUGAAGAUCGACUCGGACAUCUUCCUCAAUGUCCACAACCUCGUUGACAUGCUUUUGAAAGCUCCCCGACAUCUCUACAUGACAGGAAUUGUGGCAAGGGGCGCUGCCGUUCUCAGAGACCAUGACUCAAAGUGGUAUCUCCCGGUGUCUGCCUUCCCUGAGUCUAGUUACCCACCGUACGCCCUGGGACUGGGCUAUGUGUUCUCACUGGAUUUACCCAAAAAGAUACUGGAGGCGUCUGCUCAUGUUAAAGCUGUUUACAUUGAAGAUGUGUACGUAGGACUGUGCAUGAGGCAUUUGGGAAUCGCACUGACAGAUCCUCCUAAUGGUAGUUUGUUCAGGACAUAUAUGCCUGAUGGGGCAAGCGACUGUUACUGGACCUCUGUCAUUACAACGUUGCUGCAGAACUCCAACCAACUUUCAGUUGUAUGGGGAAUAUAUACGACUCAAGCACAAAGUGGCUGUUAAAACUUUUGCCUGUGCCAGACUAAAAAACCUAUGCAACUGCAUGGCCCUGUUGCACAACCCAGCAGUUCCAACACCACUCACUUUACAUCCUAAAGUGCCGCCUAGAUGAUAUUUUUUUUCAUCAUUGAAAUACGAUGGUGACUUUUGAUAUCUCUUCAACAGAGAUAGUGAGACUGAUAUACAUUUUCAGGCUAAUCUACAUGGGUUUAUAUCUUAGGUGUUUGCAAAGAUUGCACAAAUGACUGUAAAUACAUCAAUCAUUUUAACAUUUUUAAAACUAGUAAUGCAUAAGCUUUCGUGAAUGACUUUUACCACUGAAAACACCCUCAGAGGAAGAGGUCAGCCUUACGCAACCGAUGAAUGACAUGCAGUAGACAGUUUACACAGUCUGCUGCUGAACAAGCUGUAGUUAUUACAACUCUGGAAUUAUCUGAAUAAUCACGACAUUAAUGGCAUUGACUGUCAACAAUACCAGAAUAUUCCCCAGCAAAUGAACUUAUGUACAGUGGCAGCCUCGGCUGAAGACAGAACAGCAUGAUAGCGUCACUGAAUAUGACGUGAAACAUAUUUUACCCCCUACCUUGGUUGUUCCAACUAA